UGUGUACUGCGCAGUGUGGGCACAGAAGCGCGCUCCCGCCGCCUGCUGCUCGCUCCCGAGCACCGGACCGCCUUCUGUCUACCGGGGCGGUCGGUACCGUGUCGGGGUGGGCGUGUCCUCUGCCGUGACUUUACUUUAUAGCCACCUACAAGUCUAUUUUAUUUCCCCCCGUAUUGCAUCCGUAUUUUACAGCAGAGUGAAGCGAGCAGACGGAGGCCCGGUGUCAGCAGUGAUGGAGGAGCAGGCUGACGAGGAAGUGCCUUCCACUUCACGGGAGGAAGCAGACACUGCUGCCGACGAGAAAAAUGAUCCUCCCUUUCAACUGAAGCUUCCACCUAAAGCUCAGCGUCCCGAAAAGGAAGUGGAUCCAGAGUAUGAAGAAAAGAUGAAAACAGAUCGUUCUAAAAGAUUCGAGUUCCUCCUGAAGCAGACAGAGCUGUUUGCACAUUUCAUUCAGCCGGCUUCACAAAAGUCUCCCACUUCUCCACUGAAAGUGAAAUUAGGACGCCCCAGGACAAAGAAGGAUGAGAAACAGAGUUUGUUGUCUGUUGGAGACAAUCGACACCGACGCACAGAGCAAGAAGAAGAUGAAGAACUGCUGUCUGAAAGUCGCAAAACCUCCAAUGUGUGUGUGCGAUUCGAAGAAUCACCUUCAUAUGUGAAACGAGGAACACUGAGAGAUUAUCAAGUCAGAGGCCUCAACUGGAUGAUCUCUCUGUAUGAAAAUGGCAUUAAUGGCAUCUUGGCCGAUGAAAUGGGAUUGGGUAAGACAUUGCAGACAAUUGCUUUGUUGGGCUACCUUAAGCACUACAGGAACAUUCCUGGUCCUCAUAUGGUGUUGGUACCAAAAUCGACCCUACACAACUGGAUGAAUGAGUUUAAACGCUGGGUCCCAACACUUUGUGCUGUUUGUCUUAUUGGUGACAAAGAUGCACGGGCUGCUUUCAUACGAGAUGUUAUGAUGCCGGGAGAGUGGGAUGUUUGUGUUACCUCCUACGAAAUGGUCAUACGGGAAAAAUCUGUUUUUAAGAAGUUCAACUGGAGAUACCUUGUUAUCGAUGAGGCACACAGAAUAAAGAAUGAAAAAUCUAAGCUGUCUGAGAUUGUUCGAGAGUUUAAGACCACAAACCGUUUACUACUGACGGGCACGCCUCUUCAGAAUAACCUCCAUGAAUUAUGGGCAUUACUUAAUUUCCUUCUACCUGAUGUUUUCAACUCUGCAAACGAUUUUGAUUCUUGGUUUGACACCAACAAUUGUCUUGGGGAUCAGAAGCUUGUCGAAAGACUUCAUGCAGUUUUAAAGCCAUUUCUUUUGCGUCGUAUAAAAGCUGAAGUUGAAAAAAGCCUUCCGCCAAAGAAGGAAGUAAAAAUUUAUCUGGGACUGAGUAAAAUGCAGAGAGAAUGGUACACAAAAAUUUUAAUGAAGGAUAUUGACAUUCUGAAUUCUGCCGGGAAAAUGGACAAGAUGCGUUUGUUAAAUAUACUGAUGCAACUGCGCAAAUGCUGCAACCAUCCGUACCUGUUUGAUGGUGCUGAGCCAGGACCCCCUUAUACCACUGACACCCAUCUUGUCUACAACAGUGGUAAGAUGGUGGCCUUGGAUAAACUACUUCGAAAACUGAAAGAACAAGGUUCUCGGGUUCUGAUAUUCAGUCAGAUGACCCGACUGCUCGACAUUCUGGAAGAUUACUGCAUGUGGCGUGGCUAUGAGUACUGUCGCCUUGAUGGACAGACACCGCAUGAAGAAAGAGAGGAAGCCAUACAAAGAUUUAAUGCACCUAACAGCAGCAAAUUCAUCUUCAUGCUGAGUACCCGCGCCGGAGGCCUUGGAAUAAAUUUGGCAACUGCUGAUGUGGUGAUUUUAUAUGACUCAGACUGGAACCCUCAAGUCGAUUUACAAGCGAUGGAUCGUGCCCAUCGUAUAGGACAAACAAAGACCGUCCGAGUAUUUCGACUCAUUACUGAUAAUACAGUAGAAGAGAGGAUCGUGGAGCGAGCAGAGCUAAAACUCAGGCUGGAUUCCAUAGUCAUACAACAAGGACGACUAAUCGAUCAGCAGUCAAACAAGCUGGGAAAAGAUGAAAUGCUGCAGAUGAUUCGCCAUGGAGCCACCCAUGUGUUUGCAUCAAAGGACAGUGAACUGACAGAUGAAGAUAUUACUACAAUUUUGGAAAGGGGAGAAAAGAAGACCGCUGAAAUGGCAGAGCGCAUGGAGAAUAUGGGGGAGAGCUCACUUAGAAAUUUCUCUAUGGAUACAGAAACGAGUUUAUAUAACUUUGAAGGAGAAGAUUAUCGAGAAAAACAAAAGCUAAGCAUGUUAGAGUGGAUAGAGCCCCCCAAACGAGAACGCAAAGCCAAUUAUGCCGUGGAUGCCUAUUUUCGAGAUGCUUUGCGUGUUAGUGAACCACGGGCUCCCAAGGCUCCCCGGCCACCAAAACAACCCAACAUUCAAGAUUUUCAGUUUUUUCCUCCAAGAUUGUUUGAGUUGCUGGAGAAAGAGAUACUUUACUACAGGAAGACCAUUGGAUAUAAGGUCCCUAGGAAUUCAGACCUCCCAAAUGCAUCUCAGGUACAAAAAGAAGAACAGAGGAAGAUUGAUGAGUCCGAGCCACUUGGAGCUGCCGAGUCAGAAGAAAAGGAGACACUUCUCACACAGGGUUUCACAAAUUGGAAUAAACGGGACUUCAACCAGUUCAUUAAAGCUAAUGAGAAAUAUGGUCGUGACGAUAUUGACAAUAUUGCUCGGGAAGUGGAAGGAAAAACACCAGAAGAGGUCAUUGAAUAUUCAGCCGUUUUCUGGGAACGUUGUAAUGAAUUGCAAGAUAUUGAAAAAAUAAUGGCUCAAAUUGAACGGGGCGAAGCACGCAUUCAAAGGAGGAUAAGCAUCAAAAAAGCAUUGGAUGCAAAGAUUGCAAGGUACAAAGCUCCAUUUCAUCAGCUGAGGAUACAAUAUGGGACCAAUAAAGGCAAAAACUACACAGAGGAAGAAGAUCGGUUCCUGAUAUGCAUGCUGCAUAAAAUGGGCUUUGAUAAGGAAAAUGUAUAUGAAGAGCUACGCCAGUGUGUUAGGAACGCCCCCCAAUUCAGAUUUGAUUGGUUCAUCAAGUCCAGGACUGCCAUGGAGCUGCAAAGACGCUGCAAUACCCUCAUAUCACUUAUAGAAAAGGAAAACCUGGAAAUUGAAGAAAAAGAAAGAGCAGAGAAAAAGAAAAAGACACCAAAGUCUUCGGCGGCUAAAAGAAAGGCAGAUGCAGCAUCAGACUCUGUAAAGAAGGAUACAAAGAAAGCCAGGUCUUAAGUCUCGUGGAAAGCCGUGUCACCAAUACAAGACUGCCAUUUCUGUACUCCUAAGGUAUAACAAUGCCUCACGUGAAGUCAACACCCAAUGGUUGUGCAUUUCCAUAACUUCCCAGUUACAGUUACAUGUGUAUAUUUUUCAAUGUCUACCCUAAAAUCCGUACUAUUAUAUUUUAUGCUUCCCAGUAUUUACAUCUUCUGUAUUUUGUGAAAAUCAUAUAUUUCAUAUUACAGCAGUCCUUGUUUUAAGCAAGUGCAGAGGGUUUUAGCUUUUGUAUGUUUUAUACUGUACGCAGUGGCUUUGAAAUAAAAACCAAAAUCAGAUUU